AUGUUGAUUAUUCCAGCACUGUUGGUAGCAGUAAUACUUCUAGCAAGAUGGUAUUCCAAGCCUAGGACGAUCCCCGCCUACAAAGGCGAGGGCUUCUUCUCCUUCCUCAGCGACGCCCACGACUACGCAGUCAAACCCAUCUCGCUCAUCCGUCGAGCGCAAUCACAAUGCGGCAAUAUCUUCUCGAUUCAGAUCCUGACGGUCCACAAUGUCUGGCUUCGUGGAAAUGAGCUCAACAAGGCUUAUCUCGACAUGCCCGAGAAGGCUUGGUCUUUCGGCCACGGAAUGGGAAUAUUUCUCAACAAGAUACUCGACCCUGGAUACAUGGAUAACAUCAGGGUCAUGGUCGGCUCCCUCAGCCGGUACAUCAACCGCGCCACGGCUCAGGCGCACAUGGCCAAGUGUACCGUGGAGGAGACGCACCGCUGCGCACUUGAGUGGACGACCAAGACCGAUGUGGAGCUCUUUGACGGCGUGUCCGAAUUAACGCACAAGGUCAUUGUCAGAACGUUGAUGGGCGAUGACUUUUACGAGUCGAGCGAAGAGCUCUUGGGCUUAUUGCAUGCGAUGGAGUCCGACAUUGGCAGCAUCUGGUCCUUUGUGCUGCCCGACUGGCGACACGUCGCGGCGAAGAAUGGUGACCUCGAGACUGACCUGCCGGACUACAUCACGCACACGCUGCACGAACAGAGCAUGGCGCCUUUGAGGCACUUUCUUCCUUCUCAUCACACUGUUUUGAUGUUUGCUGCUCACACUUCCACAGUCGCUGCGAUCUCGUGGGUCGUGGUAUGCCUUUUGCGCCAUCCCGAUGUCAUGGCAGCCGUGAAGAGAGAUGCCCGCAACGGAAAUACAGACUCGGCGCUUCUACAGGCCUGUAUCAAGGAGACGAUGCGCUACUAUGCAGGCAUGAAGUGCCUCCGUCUCGCGAUGCAGGAAGUGCCUGUUCCAGGUACGGAUAUCAUCGUGCCAAAGGGCUCAGUCGUGUCCAUCUCGCCCUACUUGACGCACCACGACCCCGCCAAUUAUCCGAACCCGGACGCCUGGAUGCCCGGACGUUGGCUCAACGCCGAGAACAGGCUCGUAAAUCUCGAAGAAAAGGACGGCAACGGCGUGAAGAGCAUGCUGUUUGGCGGCGGCAGCCAUCGAUGUCCCGGCGAGAAGAUGGCCAUGAUCAUUGUGACGCAGACAUUGACGACGCUGCUGCGGUCGUAUGAUGUUACGUGGGCUUCGCCGGACCAGCCCCAAAUUGUUGACUUUGAAGGUCUGGAUUUUGACAAGGUUGGCUCGCCUUGGCUGAAGGGAGACUUGAAAGUGAAGGUUUCUAGGAGGAAGUGGCCCGAGAUUAUGGCGGGCUGUUGA